UAAUACCCCUACUGAGACGCCGCAUGUCCACAUCGGUCGACAUCUUGCCUCCCCCCAAAUAUCGUAGCAGUGAAGCUCGAAGAUGGCGUGGCAGUCGCCCUCGGCCAUGAAUGCGGGCGGCGCGCCGGGAGGAGGGGAUGGAUCAGGAGCCACAGGAACCGAAUACACGUUGCAGGGAGUUAUGCGCUUCCUGCAGCUCGAGUGGCACAAUCAUGAGCGCGCAAGGAAUGCGUGGGAUAUCGAGCGUGCGGAGAUGAAGGCCAAGAUAGCGAAACAGGAGGGCGAGGUUCGCAGUGCGAAGAAAUUGAAUGACCAGCUCAACAAACAUAUUCGUAUGCUCGAACAAGCCCUGUUGAACGAGAGGAACAAGAACAAGGCGCCUGCCUCCGGAGGGGAUGCUCAAUCGCCAGGUGAAGAUAAGAAGGACUCCAAGGGCAAGGCAGUGUCACGGGCAGAUGUAAAGUCAGCGAUGGGUAAACAUCACAACUCUUUCCUCGACGUCGAGCCCGAAAAUGCCGAGCGAGCGGAUGCCGAACGGGACAGCUUGCGCGAAAAAUCGAAGUUGUACUUGACGCAGUGCGUGAAGGAAAUAACCUAUCUCCUGACGCCCCCGCAAUCUGCUCCAGCCCAGUCCGGGCUACAUGCGAUGAGCAAUGGGUCUGGGUUUCUCAAUCACGGCGAUGCCCCAAUGGAAGAGAUGUAUCUUCAGCAUCAGCAAAGGAUGCAAAGGCAGCUGCCCACUGGACCCAACACACAAAGCCAUCAAGCGAACAUGAGCAACUUGCCUGAUCUCGGUCUCCAACACCAACCUCACCCAUCCCAUCAGGCACCCCAGAUGCAACGAGAGAAUGUGACUCAGCAGUCACUUCCAAGUCACUCUGGAGCCCCCACUGACUUUCUCUCCCAACAACAACAAAACCAGCAUCAACAACAGUCGCAGCAGCAACCGCCUCAACAGAACUUCACUGCUGUGCCAGAUGAACAGGUAGAAAGGGUCACACAUGCGUAUGACAACCAUGGUCGUCCGAUCGCUCCUCGGGAGGAAGCCCCCCAAACAGGACAAGUUACAACAGACGACUCCGAGAGCUGGAAUUUCGAAGAACCAAUCAACGAGGUCCCUUUAGAAGCUCCCCAGCGGAGGCUGGAUGUCGAAACCUUCCCCGACGCGAGCAAGAUCCCCUCCAAGUCACCCCCUCGUAAACCUAAACAUGACAGGAAAUCAUCUUUUGGAAGCAAACCUCCAAGGCGACUGAGCGAAGAGGGUCUUGAGAUCCGUGAACUGAAGUUGGGACAAAACCAACAUUCUGAUCCACAGAACUUCAAAGUGCGCUUUGCCCUUCGUGGGCAUCUGGACGUCGUUCGCUCUGUCAUUUUCACUGGCGGUGGCAGUCCGUCUGAGCCGGAAAUUUGCACAGCUGGUGACGAUGGCCUGAUUAAGAGAUGGAUCAUUCCCGCCAGCUACGCCAGCCAACAUUCGAUGAGCAACGAUCUGGAUAUCUCUCCAUACUGGUCUCAUCGAGGGCACGAUGGAGUCGUCACUUCGCUAGCAGCAUGCCCGUCGUCUGCUUCGUUUGCAACGGGCGGCAGGGUAUCCGGCGACGGAUGGAUCUUCUCAGGUGGCCAAGAUGCGACUGUGCGCGUCUGGGAGAGGGGCCGCGUCGAUCCUAAGGCUACAUUGGAGGGUCACACAGAUGCUGUCUGGACCGUCUGCGUUCUUCCCACCAAUUCUGCCAACGUCUUCGGGUCGGAUUCUAGCCAUUACGGAGGACCAGAUAGGAUACUGCUUGCUUCGGGCUCUGCCGAUGGUACCAUCAAGAUAUGGGCUGUAAGCGCACCUCCACAGCUCAUCUCUCCUCAAUCUGGAUCACGAAGAGGUGUGGGUGGAAGCCGACGACACUCGGUCACCUCUGGUUCAAACUUCCCAUCAUCUCCACAACCUUCUGUCGCCACGACGACACCAUUCCAUUACACUCUCAUACACACCAUCGAGAGGGCCACACAUUCAUCACCUACAUGCAUCACACCGCUCUCCCCGACUGGUGAGAAUUUUGUUGUGUCUUUCUCGGAUGCCACCAUUCUUCUUUACGACACGCGAACUGGAGAAGAGAUUAUCGGCAUGGCAAGUGGAGAAACAUACGACGGAACGCCCGCGACAGGAAUUACAUCUGUGGUGGCAACCUCAGUAUCAAUUGGUGCAGAAGGGACCACCGGUACAGACUCCAAUCGGGGGGCUGACGAAGAGGGCGUUGUGCAUGGACCGACCGGCUCGAGCAGCGGUGGCGGCGUAGAAGGCCAUGUUAUCAGUGGCCACGAAGACAAGUUGAUCCGUUUCUACGACGCCAACUCAGGUCAAUGUACAUAUAGCAUGCUUGCUCACCCUGCCGCCAUAUCGUCACUGUCUCUCAGCAAGGACGGCCGCGAAGCCGUCUCGGCUGGCCAUGACGCCUCGAUCCGCUUCUGGUCGCUAGAGAAGCGGAUAUGCACGCAAGAAAUCACCGCCCACCGAAUCAUGCGAGGCGAAGGCGUAUGCAGCGUUGUCUGGAGCCAGGAUGGAAGGCUUGUCGUUUCAGCAGGAGGCGACGGAGUUGUCAAGGUAUUCUCUAGGUAGAAAGAGUCACCAGUCACGCCUUACGCCGCCGCCACGACUCACGUUCUCACCCUCCCCACUUCAAGGAAAUGAUUCUUGACGACCUCCCCCUCCUUCUCCUCCACCUUUUGCGAACCGUUGACUAUCCCUCGCGCUUUUGUUAUCUGUCUUCAGCAUAGCAUACCCCACCUUGUCUCUGUAUCAGCGUAGUACUACUUCACACCUUGCCCUCUUUUGAGCAUCCUCCUCCAUACUGCAUCCAGGUGUUUCAAAUGG